AACCUCUUCUCUUCAAGGCUCUUUGAUAUUUCCCCAACGUAACGGUGCUCAGCCUACGUAGCUAGUUUAACGCAUAGCGAUAUAUGUUUUUUGUGUCUGUUUUCACAAAGGGAUAGCUAGCUAAGUACAAACUACACGCUUUUAUAACAAUUACUUUUAUCGUGUAACGUUAUUUCACUGCGUACGUGUGAACAGGAAAGCGAAAUAAUCUGGUUGUUUUGUCUUUAAAGGGGCGUGGUUAAUCCCCCCUCAUUUAUCCUCUCACACACACACAACUUCAGUGUAACGUUAGACCGCGGGGCUCAUAAAUCGCUGUGACGACCGUUUAGAGAAGUAGCUAGCCAGCCAGCCCUCUCCCGGCGACAGGAAAUGAAGAGGAGGCUACAUAAGAAAUACUUGGUUUUAAUCCUGGCAUAUUCAGGUUUACUUCUGCUAAUCCCGUACGUGUUAGAUUACAGGGAUAAAUCCGUUCACGGACUGCCGCAGCAACAGCCCAGAUGCCCAGAUUUGGAGAACACAGCGUUGCUAUGGGAUAACGGUUACAAACUUAACGCAAGCGAAGCGACGGAGCACGCCGUCAACCGGAGCCAGUCUCGAAUACACAUCUACUUGCAUGCCACCUGGAGGACUGGCUCUUCGUUUUUGGGAGAGUUGUUCAACCAGCACCCCGAUGUUUUUUACCUAUACGAGCCAAUGUGGCACAUAUGGCAGGCUCUGUAUCCGGGGGAUGCGGGCAGUCUCCAGGGCGCAGUGCGGGACAUGAUGAACGCUCUGUACCGCUGCGAUUUCUCCGUCCUCAAACUUUACGCCGGCUCGCAAAACAUCACCACUUCGUUCAUAUUCGGCUGGAAAAUGAACAAGGUGAUCUGCUCGGAGCCGCUGUGCGAUGCGCACAAGCGACACGAAAUCGGGCUGGUGAAAGAGGACCAGUGCGCCAAGUGCCAAAAGCGGGACAUUAGGGAGCUGGAGAAGGAGUGUAAGAAGUACCCGGUGAUGGUGAUCAAAGGAGUCCGCGUUUUGGACCUGAGCACGCUGGUUCCUUUGAUGAGAGACCCAGGGAUAAACCUCCAGAUCAUUCAGCUCUUCAGAGACCCGAGGGCCGUGCACAACUCCCGCUUAAAGUCCAAACAGGCUCUGGUGAAGGAGAGCAUCCAGGUGCUGAGGAGUAAGAAGCAGACCGACAAGUACAAGCGGCUGCUCGUGCCGAACAACAGGGUGAACCGGGCUGAGAGUUACGUCUCCAGCGCCAUGGAGCUCAUCUGUGACAACUGGCUCAGUGACAUGAUGCUGGUGAUGAACGCGCCCCACUGGGUGCGUAGGAACUACCUCCGCCUCCGCUACGAGGACCUGGUCCUGAAACCCAUGGAGGAGCUCCAGAGGCUGCUCCACUUCUCCAACCUGUCCACCUUCUCUGCUCUGGAGAAGUUUGCGCUGAACAUGACGCACGGCCAGGGCUAUUCAUCGGACAAGCCGUUCCUGAUAUCAUCCAGGGAUGCAAAAGAGGCUAUAUAUGCCUGGAGGGAGCGACUCAGCGUCGUGCAGAUCGACCAGGUGGAGGCCUACUGCAGCGAAGUCAUGAGGCAGCUGGGGUAUGAGAAAAGCAACAUGGACAAAACAACAUGAGGAUGUCAUGGUGGGGAAUCCAUUGGUUAAGGGGUCCGGUAUUCUACGCUGAGGGCAAAAGGUGGAAUAGCAAAACGAGCAGCUGGAAUGUGGUUCCGCUGGGAGCUCCGAAGCAUGGCUCUUGGGUUUGUUUUCCUUCAGCCGAGCGGCUCGAUGAACUGGAGAAAAUCCAAGUGGAAAGAGCAGCCAAUCACAGACAGAUGAAUUUUGAAACGGGGAAAAGGCAGCUUUUUUUUUUCUUUUUUUUUAAUAAAAACAGUGUUACACGUUUCACACCAGCAGGGUGUAUGCUGGUAGAGAGAAUGAAGGAGAGGAAAUAAACAAGAAGAGAAAGGUGAGGCUGGUUAGUUACACUGGCCAGCCUCUAUCCUUCUGUCCCUUUUUUAAGUGGCAGCGUCGGGUUCGCUCUCACCUGCGUUGCUUAUCCGUCCAGCCUAAGACUUAACCACAGUUGGCUCACUAACAAUGCCAAUGUAGAGAGCUUUGAAA